AUGGCCAGGGCAACUGAGCUGGAGUUGGACACGGAAGUGGCUAUGGCCAGGGCGCUGCCGGGUCAAUGUCCCAUACCGGAGACGAUUCCACUGUGUGCUGAUAGCUGUUUCAAUGAUGGCCAGUGUCCUGCCACACAGAAAUGUUGCCCAACCACCGGUGGCUUUGCAUGCAGUGAACCGCGACAGGGAAGCGGCGCUGGCCAGGGUGCAGGACAGGGAAGCGGCGCUGGAGCAGGACAGGGAAGCGGCUUUGGCCAGGGUGCAGGACAGGGAAGCGGCUUUGGCCAGGGCGCGGGACAGGGAAGCGGCGCUGGCGCAGGACAGGGAAGGGGCGCUGGCCAGGGUGCAGGACAGGGAAGCGGCGCUGGAGCAGGACAGGGAAGCGGCUUUGGCCAGGGCGCGGGACAGGGAAGCGGCGCUGGCCAGGGUGCAGGACAGGGAAGCGGCGCUGGCCAGGGUGCAGGACAGGGAAGCGGUGCUGGAGCAGGACAGGGAAGCGGCUUUGGCCAGGGCGCGGGACAGGGAAGCGGCUUUGGCCAGGGCGCGGGACAGGGAAGCGGCUUUGGCCAGGGCGCGGGACAGGGAAGCGGCUUUGGCCAGGGCGCGGGACAGGGAAGCGGCUUUGGCCAGGGCGCGGGACAGGGAAGCGGCGCUGGCCAGGGCGCGGGACAGGGAAGCGGCGCUGGCCAGGGCGCAGGACAGGGAAGCGGCGCUGGCCAGGGCGCAGGACAGGGAAGCGGCGCUGGCCAGGGCGCAGGACAGGGAAGCGGACAGGGAAGCGGCGCUGGACAGGGCGCUGGACAGGGAAGCGGCUUUGGCCAGGGUGCAGGACAGGGAAGCGGCUUUGGCCAGGGUGCAGGACAGGGAAGCGGAGCUGGUGCAGGACAGGGAAGCGGCUUUGGCCAGGGCGCGGGACAGGGAAGCGGCGCUGGCCAGGGCGCGGGACAGGGAAGCGGCGCUGGCCAGGGCGCGGGACAGGGAAGCGGCGCAGGACAGGGAAGCGGCGCUGGACAGGGCGCAGGACAGGGAAGCGGCUUUGGCAAGGGCGCAGGACAGGGAAGCGGAGCUGGCGCUGGACAUGGAAGUGGCUAUGGCCAGGGCGCUGGUCAGGGAUCU